AUGAAAUAUCACAAAGUUAAAUGGGAAUAAGUACCAAUCGUCCAUGAAGCUAGCCAACAUUAUCUGGAUUAGUUGAAUUAACGAAAUCGCUUUCAUAACUUUCCUGCCAACCAGUGGUUUAAGAGGAGAUCUGAUUAAGUAAAGCCUCAGUAUCUCUAUUAUCCUGAAGAAAGAAAAUUAUAGAUGGAACUAAAAUAGAUUUUCAUGGUAUAUCAACUCAUUAAACCUCUUUAGACUUUAGAUUGUAACAACGAAGGAGUUCUUACAUUGGCUCAUCUGUUUAUGCUCUUCAAACACUAUGGAUAUGGAGUGAGUGUCAACGAUUUAUAAACCAUAUACCAAUUUAUCGAUUAUAACAAGGACAAGGCCUUGUCAUUGGAUGAAUUUAAAGGUCUCACUGAAAAUCAAGAAGCUUUGUCAGCAUUCAGAAUGAUGAUGCUCAAGAUUCAAAAGACCUUGCAAUAUAGUGAGAAGUACAUCCCUCUGUCAGUCGGAGCUAUGCUUAGUCAUAUUAGUUACUUGGUUCAAAGAGAAAAGUAACUCAAAAUGAUUCUCAGUGAAUAGAGCAUUUCAGUCAAAUUCUAAGCAUUCCGCUAAUUAAUUUAAGAAACCGAAAAGAAAACCAUUGCAGACGAAGCCUACACAUUGUUUCUUAAAGCUUAGGCAGAAUUCUAAAGAAAACUUAAAAGAUAAAAUUCAGUAGAUUUGACAAUCAAAGUUAGAAAAUCCUUUUCAACCAUCAAUGGGUUAUAGCCACUCCUCUUUAGGAACAUGCUCAUGAAGGAUGCUAGUGAACUCCAAGAUCUGGCUAAAAUGGUUCAAAUUUAAAGUAAAGUCAACCAAGAUACUUUUCAAACUGUGACUGAAUCCUUGGAAGAGAGUUCAUUAUCCAAUAUCGAAUCAAAUGAAAUAGAGUUAGUAGUCAAAAAAGCUUAAUAAAAUGGCAGACAAUAAGCAAGUCAAGAAAUUAAAUAAUUAUUAACUCACAGAGAACUUCCUAAAAUAACAUCAUAACAUAAAAAAUAAUUGAGUGUUGCAAUUGAAGAUUUACCCAUAGUUUAGUUUAAUUUCAAAAAAUGCCACUCUACAAAUAAUAAAAGUCUUUUAGAACGGCAAUUGAAACUAUAAAAAAUCAUUCCUGCCGAGGAAUUAUCUCAAUUUAACUUUCUUUCUUCAUCGAGAUCUAAUAAAAAUUACAGUACAACCUAAGAUCAAACCUCUUCAGAAAACUAAGGAUGUUGGUCUAAUAGUAUUUUGUCUAUGAAGUUGCCAACAUUAUAAUGA